AAAGUCUUCAUCGCAAAAGAUUAAGAUCAAAGCAAAACCAGCUUUUUUUUUCUCUGCAUUAUUUCUCACCGUUCUUGGAAGAUGACAAUCUCUAUUGAGAAGCCGAUGUUUGAGGAAGUUUCUGCAUUCCAGAAGAAGAGCGAGAACAAUACCGGAGACUUAACAAUGGCCAGCGAACACGAUGAAGCAUUCUUGGCGCCUGAGAUGAAUGCAUUCGGCCGUCAAUUCAGGAACUACGAUGCUGAGAAUGAGAGGCAGAAGAGCGUCGAAGAGUUUUACAGAUUACAACACAUUAACCAGACAGUCGAUUUUGUGAAAAAAAUGAGGGCAGAAUAUGGAAAAUUAGAUAAAAUGGUGAUGAGCAUUUGGGAAUGUUGUGAGCUCCUUAACGAUGUGGUGGACGAGAGUGAUCCAGAUCUCGACGAGCCUCAGAUCCAGCAUUUGCUUCAAUCCGCGGAAGCUAUCCGCAAAGAUUAUCCUAACGAAGAUUGGCUUCAUCUAACCGCUCUUAUCCAUGAUCUUGGGAAGGUUAUUACACUCCCACAAUUCGGAGGACUCCCUCAAUGGGCUACUGUUGGUGACACAUUUCCUGUUGGGUGUGCAUUCGAUGAAUCUAACGUCCAUCACAAGUAUUUUUCGGAAAAUCCUGAUUUUCACAACCAAGCCUACAACACCAAAUCUGGUAUUUACACAGAAGGAUGUGGCUUAAACAAUGUAAUGAUGUCAUGGGGCCAUGACGACUACAUGUAUCUGGUGGCUAAGGAGAAUGGAAGCACCUUACCGUCAGCCGGACAGUUCAUAAUUCGAUAUCACUCAUUUUACCCAUUGCACACGGCUGGAGAAUACACACACCUUAUGAACGAGGAAGACAAAGAGAACCUCAAGUGGCUACACGUUUUCAACAAGUACGACUUGUAUAGCAAGAGCAAAGUUCAUGUUGAUGUCGAGAAGGUCAAGCCUUACUACAUGUCACUUAUAAGAAAAUAUUUUCCGGAGAACUUGAGGUGGUGAGAAUGUGGAGAGAA